CAAGCGUGUGUUGGAAGUAGAACUGUAGAUGGUGGCACAUCUCCGUAGUAGCAUCGGUGAUGGUAGUCACGGUUCAAAGCAAUGUCACCGACAACUCCGAUAACGAGAUGAAGAUGAACCGACUUCAGCUACGAAAAGACCCUCGGGGCAGAGGCAAUUGUCGGCUUCAGAGGCAGGGGGAUUUUUGCUCUAGUGAUAGUGGAUCUGACAAACAAUGGGAAAUGGCAAUAAACAACAACCCUUUCAACCUGUGUUACAUCCUGGAAAACAACAAGUUAUCCGGGACCAACUUUCUUGAUUGGGAGAUGAACCUCCGAAUCGUUCUUGCCUGUGAGAGGAAACCCUACAUCCUCGAAACGGAUCCUCCCAAGACCCCUGAUGCUAAUGCUCGUGCGUCCGAACUCACUUCCUUCAAAAGGUAUGAGGACGACGCGCGAGAUGUAAAGUGUAUCAUUAUGGCCAGUAUGACCGCGGAGCUCCAAAGGCUCCACGCGGACAUGGAAGUGCGUCCCAUGAUACAACACUUAAGAGACCUUUACCAGGGUCAGCCCCAAAACUCAGCUUAUGUAAAACGUCUCAUGACGUCUAGUAAGUUGGAGCCUAAAUCUGAUAAAGUAAUUUUUUUGGGAUACCCCAAGGAAACUAGAGGGUAUGAGUUCUAUCAUCCAUCCGAUAACAAAAUCUUUGUUGCUCGGAAUAGAACCUUCCUUGAGAAGGAGUUUCUUUAUGCUAUCACUAGUGGGAGAAAGGUAGACCUCGAAGAAAUUCGAGAACCACAAGAAGAAGUCCCGAUAGUGUCGGAACCUGAGCAAAGAGAUCAAGAAAUUGAACCUCAAAUUGCUCAAGAUAUACCACGUAGGUCAGACCGAAUACGUAAUGUUCCGGUCAGAUAUGGAUUUCUCAUGUCUGAUGAAGGUGACGUCUUGUUGAGCCCUUCUACUCCUGAGCAGAAGGAACUCGUGAUGAAGGUUCCAUACGCCUCUGCGAUUGGAUCCGUCAUGUACCCCAUGAUUUGUACUAGAUGUGAUGUCUCAUUCGCUUUAAUCGUGACCAGCAGAUACCAGGGAAGUCCAGGAGAAGCACACUGGACAGCGGUCAAGAACAUCCUCAAGUAUCUUCGCAAUACUAAGGAUGCAUUCCUGGUAUACGGUGGUGAGGAAGGGCUAAAGGUGGUCGGUUACACUGAUGUUAGCUUCUAAACCAACAGAGACGACUCAAAAUCACAACCGAUCCCUUGACCAAGCCUUUAGGAAAGCUAAAGCAUGAGGGUCACACUAGGUCCAUGGGCAUUCGACCGAUGCCAGAUUGGCCAUAGUGCAAGUGGGAGAUUGUUGGAGUUGUGCCUUGAUGGCCAACUGUUUAUCGUUAUUCUAUCAUAUUG